CCUAACCCAUCUCCCCUGACAUUUCUCCACCAGAAGGAAGCGAUAAGACUAAAGGGUUAAAAAAAAAAGGAUAAGAUCCCUUCGGUUUCGCCUUCAAACCAACAUAAAUGCUCAUAAAUGACCCACUGAUCCACGUAUUAACUGCGAAGGAGCUCCAAAUCCCACACCCUACGAACCUAAGACGAGGGCAAAGGAGGCCCAAAAUGGAUCUGAGCGCUAUCGCUGCUCUUCGCUGCCAAUUGCCGCUUUUUACACCCUCGAAAGCUAGCCCUAGAAACGCCGCCCCUCCGGGGCACCGACUUCACUUCCUCCCCUUUUCGAAACGGAAUUUUAGAUCUUUAACGGCUAAAGGGAGCAUAAAGGCGCCCCUCCUCCGCCGGAAAAUAAUCCACUUGCCCUCCUUGCCGUUAAAAAUCCAGCAAAGUCCUCCGGAUUUACCGAAAGCGGAGUACCAGAAAGGCGACGCCGACGAAGAGAGAUCGCGGAAUUCCUCCCAAAACUCCACCAAGUCCGACCUCAGGCCUCGCGAUUCUCCGAUUCCAGAACAAUUAGCCUGCUGGAAUCACCCUUAUGAUGCUAUAAAACCGACCUUUUUACGUCCAAGUUCCCUCCUUUCCGUCUCCAAACACCAAAUCCCUCGGUUUCCCGUCGAGAGAUUCCGUAUCCCUCGCCACACCCCGCGAAUUCCCUCCUCCAGACAACAGAAUCUCCCGAAUCCAGUAAGCAGACCACUAACAAUCCCCAAAUCACAGUCCCAAAAACAGAUCUCCCUCGAUCCCCCACACUACCGCCCCAACCUCGAACUCCGCUUCAAACCAAGCUCAAAUCCCUCAAAGUCCCCAACAAACCUCAAAAAACAUAAUUUUUUUUACACCAUCGAGCUCCUUUCCCGGCGCUUCCUCCACACCCCCAGCUCCAACCCGAUCGAGAACCGAAUCCCUCCCUCAGACGAAAGACACGGACGCCACAGGACGGGGAGAGAGAAAGAAAGAAAGAGAUCGAAGGAAUCACGGAUAAGGCGUGAGGAGAGGCGACAAGAACAGCGGAAGAAGAGCCGCUCGGCCUUUUAACAGAGAGAGAGAGAGAGAGAGAGAGAAGGGGUGGGAAGGACUAUUUCUUAUCUCACUUUUUAGAAUAUUUCAAUGAGUUUCUCUCUCUAGGUCUAGAGAGAUAAAACACUGGGGUUGCCGCUUCCGGACCCUACACGGACCCUCCGAAUUCGCUCUCUCUGCUGCUGUCGCUUCUCCGC